GGCAACGCGUCACUGACAACAAACACCGGCGUGGUCUCCACGACUACCCAUUCGAGGUGUCAUGUGAGGUGCCAAUUAUUUUUUUGAUCACUUUUAUGUUGAUUAUUACUUUGUUUGCACAUCGAUUUGAGUUUUUUCCGGUCGAACGUAGCCUAUUUAUCUGGUAUGAAUGUCAAGUUUGGUGACCUGGAAGAGGGAACUCUUCUUAUGGAAUUACAAGAACUAGAAAAAUUAAGAAAACAAAAGGAAAUAGUCGAUGAUUACAUGUGGAAAAACCUCGGAAAAACAAAGCGAACAAACAGCACUUUAGCUUCAAAAAACAAAAAAGAAGGCAGUUUCUUGUUGCAUCCCAAAAGAUUGUCGGACAGUGAAUCCUCUGAAUCUAGCUCGCCAAAACUGAAUAGCUCCUCGUCUAGUGCUUCUAACUUUGAAAGAGACAAGGAUCGGUUGGAUACAAAUACAUUGAACAUUAAAAACAACAUCAAGAAGCUGCAAAAAAAUUACUCCCACAUGAGCAGAAAUCAGAUUACAUAUGAUAUAGAUUUGGAUAUUGGCGAUUCCGCACAAAAGAAAGACGACAUCAACAAUACUAGGAAAGAAAAUGAAAAUAGAUCAAACAAAAUACAGACAAAUAAUAGAAGUAAUAAUAAAAAUGGUCCACCUCCGGUUCCCAAGAUUAUGAUAACUGACGAUAUGUUCGAGAAAAAGUGCAAAUCAUUCAUAGAGAAAAGCUUGCAUGUCAUUAGCGAUAUUAGGUUUCAAAUGCAGAAAGGAAUUUCUCCACCAGAUGGUGAUGAAGAUAUCACCAGGAGGCAACUUAGAGUUAAAGAAUUUUCAAAUAGAUUCUCAAGAAACUAUCUAUAUCCUAUAGGUAGACAGCUUAGCGACCUAAGCAAAGUGAAGUCUUCCAGCAACCUGACCAAUCAAAAACUGUUAUCGGUAUACCAGAUAGUGCUAAAUGGUUUGACGGCGUAUCACAACCAUCUGCCUACUUCGAUCGGAGUCUGCUCUUCAGACAAAUUGAAGCUACUUUUGAAGAACCUACUAGAGCUCUGUGAUAUCCAUGCGAGAAUAAAGACGGACAACCAGCAUGACUUCUCUGACUUUAUAAAUAUCUUCCGCCAAAGUGCUGAGUUUACCAUAGAAAAAAUAGAGGACCACUUUUUCGCCAUAUCUACCGAAAGCAUGUCGAAGGCCCAUGCUACAAAAAACAGUCUUCCUCAAGCAAAAAGAACUAAACACGAACUAUCGGAAAAUAACAGAGCUAAGAAAAAUGAUAACCUAUCUGCAAGGCUUUCGAUGUAUAACACCACCUCGACGUAUAUGAGAGAUGCUAUGUGGAGAAAAGUGACUGAAUCUGCAGGAUCAAAAAAAUUGCGUUCUGUGAAGUCAAGAUACAAGACAGCCGCGUUCUGGCACCGUCCACCAGCUGAGAAGGUACAAGGCGAUACGUUGCGGAUACCAAACAGCAGAUGUAGGCUCUUCACGAAAAAAUCUUCUGGCAUCUUGAAGAAAACGCCCGUGAUGACGCCUGUGAACGAAGAUAACAUCACAACCAUGAUUCAGAUGGAACACAUGAGAAGUAGCGUAGAUGAUAAUGAGGUUAGUGAUAUGUGAGUUUUUCCUAUAAGAUCAAUGUUACCGAUGGCAUCGAACUCUAAGGGAUUAUUCUCACCAAGAGCAACUGGCAACCUGAACUCGGUGGCAGCUCGACUUAGCAAAUGUACUAAUAUUCAAUCGUUCUCACAAAAGAGACGUCAACGCGAUAGUUGAUAAAAGAUAAUGGCUUCUGUGGAUGUACCAUCAAAAACCAUUUAUAAUGUAGCGUUUUUCUGGGUUCUUUUGGGUGUGGAUUAAAACUCUGGAUUCCACAAAAAGAAAUGCAC